AUGGAGCAAUCUCUCAACUUUAACUUGAGUACGCAGGAGGAUGAUAAGCAUAUUACGAAUAUAACCCUUAAUGUUAGUCCUUCCGCCUAACACAACUCCAUCUAUUCAAGAAUAAACGGCGAGGAAGAAGAGGAGUUUCAGCCACUUAAGGAGUUCAAAUAACUUACUGAAUUCAACAAGGAGAGGCAUGAAUCUAUUCAACACUUUGUUUAAUCUCUAAGGAGACUUGAAGAUCUUGGAAUUUUCAAAUCUGUUGGAACUGACAGUAAAGGAACUAUUUAUUAUAUGGUGUUUGGCUAUAAGUAUCCAACUAACACAGUUGAGAGAGUUUAAGCAAAUAAAGAUGUUAUAUCGAUACUUAAUUUUAUCUCAGAAAGAUACAAUUUCAGUUUCAUUUAUUUCUACACAAAGAUCAAGAAACUCAGCAAGGAACCGGCUUCUACUCUCAGGCAAAUGUACGGAAGGUUCAAGUCAGAUAACAAGAGGCGCCUCUAAGGAAUUCAUCUCAUACACGCCAGUUGCUAUGCCAAGGCAAGACUUAAGUUUAUCAGAUGCUGCGGAGGUGGAAGAAUGAACUACUUAAAUAAAGUCAAUUUCUAUUCAACCCUGGCUUAUUAUCUAGGCACUAUCAAAACUGAAUCAUCUCUUAUAUAAAGAAUCAUUGGAUCGCUUCCACAUGAGAUUCAUCAAAUAUACCUCAGAGAACAGGAGGCAGUGAGUAAAUAUUCUUACUUUGUUGAUAUAUAUUUCGUAAUAGAGGCAAGAGUUCAAAGCAAAGUGAAGGAAGCUAACUAUGCCAAAUCUGAUGAAAUGAACUAAGCCUUAUUGCAGGGAUGUGCUAAAGAAGUCUUAGAAAGAGGUGAUGAGCAGUAUAAGAAUUUUAAGACAGAGAGUGCAGUGCAAACCACAGAUAUCAUCGGAAGGCACUUAUAUGAAUUUUCGAGAAGAGAAAAUGACUUGAUCCCUGAGAUAUUUAUCCUUCUCGUGACAUUCUUUGAAGUCAAUCCACACUUAUUCAAAACUGAUGCUAUAUUCAGAGCAGCUGCUAGCAUGGAAAAAGUAGAUGAACUACAAAUACAUCUGCAAAUGGGCAACUACUAUAUUCUUACAUAAAUGGUUAAUGAACCUCAUGCAGUUGCAAAUUUCUUCAAGAAAAUACUUAAAUGUAUGGGUGAACCACUGUGCAGUUUCAAACUAUAUCCUAGAUUCCGUGAUUUAUCAGAUGUAAAGAUCGAGUUAAGAGUAGAUAAACUGAAAGAAAUUUGUUCAUUAUUGCCUGUAGUUAACAAGCAUACAUUUGUGUACAUAAUCAGAUUCCUUCAUAAAGUUAUUGAGCAACACACAAUUAACAAGAUGACACUUCACAAUCUAGCGAUCGUUAUAACGCCAAAUUUAUUCCGGCCAUUUGAAUUGACAGCCAAUGAUUUGAUAUUCGCAGGACAUCUUGUUGAAUCUUUUAAACUAAUGAUUUAGCAUUACGAGUACAUCUUCGAGAUAGAUGAGCAGGAUAGUUAUGGAUCCAGUAACACAUCGAAUGACAAAAAAUGA